ACCCGAUUCGUUCAAAUGAAUCACGUUAACGGAUACAUCCUCAAUUGCUGUGACGGCGUCCACACCCUGAACAUACAGGCCAUCGCCGGAAUCAGAAUGUGUAGCGCGAAGGGUAAGCAAAACCCCCGGGUUUUCAUGGAUAUCACUGCAGACGGGGAGCCCCUGGGUCGCAUCGUGAUGGAGCUCAGAGCUGAUGUGACCCCAAAAACUGCAGAAAAUUUUCGUGUACUGUGCACUCAUGAGAAGGGAUUUGGUUACAAGAACUCAACGUUUCACAGAAUCAUUCCUAACUUCAUGUGCCAGGGUGGUGACUUCACAAAACACAAUGGCACUGGUGGUAAGUCCAUCUAUGGAGAGAAGUUUGCUGAUGAGAAUUUCCAAUUGAAGCACACAGGACCUGGUAUUCUUUCCAUGGCCAAUGCUGGGGCAAAUACAAAUGGUUCCCAGUUCUUUAUCUGCACUGCAGAGACUAAAUGGUUGAAUGGAAAACAUGUUGUCUUUGGUUCUGUGAUUGAUGGAAUGGAUAUUGUGAAGAAGAUGGACUCAUGCGGCAGCAAAGAUGGCAAACCCACAAAGAAAAUUGUCAUUGCUGAUUGUGGACAGCUGCCUUGAGUUUUUUUAUUUGCAAACUGAAUUGUAGAAUUUAAAUAAAAGUCAUUUCUGUUUCUGCUUGUA